AAUCUAAGUUUGGAAUAGGAAAGAUAAGACAGGUAGAUAGUUUCUUUAGAGAACUACACAUUACAAAAAAAAUAAUAAUUCUGAUAAAUCUGAGCUUUGUUGAUAAGAUAGAAUAUGUUAUUUAGACACAUACUCAUCGAGUGAAUUUAAUUGUAAUAUAACAAGAUAAUCUUACAGUUGAGAUAAAGUGUACUAGAGCUAUUAAGUAAACAGUCUGUGUUGGGAAAUCGAAGAACUAAGAAGUAUAGUGUUGUUUAUAACUGUCGAGUGAUAUUUUAUUCAGGGAAAAUGGACAUUAAGUUAUUUAAUAGAUGUCUUCACACUUCUGUUUCUGUGGUCAACAUCAUAACAAUGAUUAGCGGAUUAUUUCUAUUGGCUUCUGCAACGAUGACAAAAGCUCAUUUAUUUGAAAAUCAAUUUUUACUACAUUGUUGGAACUGCCGAGGGCUAUAUCUCAGUUUAUGGGUGACGGUAGUUCAACACAUUUAUUUUGGAAUAUGUUCCGCACUUGAUAUUAUUGAUGUUUACUCUCAAAAGACACAGUUAUUACUUAAGCUUCAAGAUUAUAUGAAUCGUAUUGCAAGUUAUCUUCUCUUCACAAUCGUUUUCCCUUUUUCAUGGUCUGUAUUCCUACUUUUUUGGUCGGUUUACUUCUGGGAUAGAAACCUGAUUUACCCACCCAUUGUCGAGGAAUUGUUCCCCCCGUGGAUAAACCACGUGAUGCACACUUUACCCGUUCCUCUUUCUGUGAUAUACAUGAUGACAUCAAACUCAAAAGGGCCCUCGAAAAUAUCAUCUCUCUCAGGGCUUGUGGCAUUCCUUGCCGUAUACUCUUAUGUAUUUUUUAGCUAUUACAAUAACGAAGGAAAGUGGAUCUACAAAGCUCUCGAUAUGAUGACCCCAACUCAGCUCGGAUGGGUUUUUGCAUUUGCAGCUCUAGGUCCUGUCUGCUUCCUGUUUCUUGGAUAUAAACUAAAUGAAACUAUGGACUAUUGUAAAAGACAUUCGUCCUUGGUAAUGUUUUCUUGAAUCUAUAGAUCUACCCGCAAGUAAGUCGUUAGAAAAAAUUCCAAUUUCUGAGUGCGCUUUAAACUUAUACAAACAUCUCAAGAGUUGUGUCA